CAGUCCCAAGUCAGACCCUACAUACAUCAGGACCCUUGGACUUAACGCGAGCUUCCAAGACCCUUUGAAUCUCAGCACGCAACCCAGGUCAACCUACAUCAUAAUGGCUCCUGGAGGCGCAGGCGGCCGCGGCCGUGGCGGCAAGUUCAAGAAGCCCACCCGUGGAGGUGGCCACCACUUCUCCCGGAAUCUGCAGCCUAUCGACAAGGACGGUAAUGCCGUGAGCAUGUGGGCCGAAGGUAAGGACAAGGACGACGAAUCGUCAGAAGAGGAGUCGUCGUCCGAAGAGGAGGAGGAGUCUUCCGAGGAGGAAGAUGCCAAUGCAGCCAACGCCGAGGCUUCGCGCGAGGCCCGCAAGGCCCAGAAGAAAGCCCGCAAGGACGCCGCUAUUGCGAAGCAAAAGUCAAAGAUCGUCCAGCCGGGCGACCUGCCAUCCAGCUCCGAGGACGAGAGCGACGAGGACGACGACAUGCCCGCCAAUCCGAACCACUCCAAAGCGGCGCGCAAGCAGGCCGCCAAGCCCGUGGUGGCCGACUCGGACGAGGAGGACGAUGGCGAUGCCGGUGUGGGCAAGAUCACAAAGGGUCUCAAGAACAUGAACCGCAAGGAGCGCGAGGCGCACGAGGCGGCCGCUGCCAAGGAGAGGUACAUGAAGCUGCACGCCGCGGGCAAGACAGACCAGGCCAAGGCUGACCUGGCCCGUCUGAGGGAGGUGCGUGAGCGCAGGGCGGCCGAGGCGGAGAAGAGGAUGGCCGAGACGGAGGAGAGAGACGAGAAGGAGGCGGCGAGGAAGAGCGAGCUCGAGGCCAGAGAGGCCAGGGAGCGGGCGAGACGGGAGGCGGCUGCUGGUCCUACUAAGAAGGGGAAGAAAUAGGCCUUUUUCUAGGUCUCGUCACGUCAGUGCGAGUGUAAUCACGCGUGGUGUAAAGCUUCGAUGCCUUCAUUGUGGUGUUCUCGACGCUGCGCUGGGACAAGGCACUCUGCAUGUUGAGUCGCAAUCACCCAACUGGCACGCUGAGCUCACAUAGCUGCAUGCUUGGGACCUCAAAUGAACGUGGGAAAUGCGCUCUCUGAUUAUUUACUAGACUAGACUAAUGAAGCCUGAAGUCGACGUGCUUUAGGUCGCGUGUAUGCCCCACAUUAACAUUU